CUCUCCCGCUGCCUCAACCUCCUUCAUCGGCUAGUCCUUCCUCCCAUUCUGAUUGGCUGUUCCCUCACUCAACCUCCUCACCGUCUUGACGCAUCGCGACUUGCUUCACUCGCGUUUCCUCCGUUGCGAUUGUUGCUGGAGGUGCCCUGCAUGUCGCAGUAGGGAUGAAGGCAAGCUCGUACUGAAGGCAGGCCGGUGCAAGUGAUACUCAGCGACUCCGACUUGCUGCAACAAGUCUUGAGAGCAAAGCAGGAUGAAGUGCAAUGAGUGUACGGAAGGGCUGGAAGCUUCGUUUGAGUGUGUCGAGUGUGGGUUGCUUCUGUGCGAUGAAUGUCAUCGGCAUCAUCGGAAGAGUAAGAGAUCGUCGUCGCACUCCACCAUUCCCCUCCCAUCAGCUUGCAACGUCCCAACCCAACAGAUUCCUGACGCUCCUUCGCCUCAAGUCAUCAAGCCGCGCAUGGCACACAAGCUGUCGGGGCCCCGACCGAAGGAAGUCAUCGACAUCGACAUGUUGACAGGUGAGUCUCAACGGGGGUCACUCGCUUGACGUGCGCCAUCAGAACACUUGCACGGAGGCAAGAUGGAUGACAAGAAGUACAUCUUCCCUUGGAAUUUGAAAUUGAUCAGACAAAACGUACCAAACUGGAAGCCUUCCAACGUUGAAGGGAAGCAAGACAAGCUGGGCAAGAAAGCUCCAGGAUGGCUGGGCAUUGAGUUUGAGAAUCGGGUGGACGGGCAAAUGGUGAUUACCAACGUGGUGCAAGGAGGACCAGCGGACGAGCGGCCGGACAUCCGCAAGGGUGACCUCCUCGUCGCCAUUGCCGACCGCAAAGUUCGCAAACUCCCCCCCUCGGACUUGGCAGGGCUCACAAAAGGAGAAGUCGGCUCGACGCUCGAGAUGCAGGUUGGGGCUGAGUAUCUCCCUGGGGCUGGUUUCUCUACCGAGCACUUGCUGGCAUCGGGCAAGACGGUCAAGGUGGAACGAGCCAUGGCAAGCGAAUGGACAGCGAGCGAGGAUAAUGGUGAGGCGAGGUGUAGCCAACUCACAUGACAAGUGGACGCAGGAAAGGACCAGUCGACGAUCCUGCUGGGUUCUCCAGCCAUUGAGAUUUCAACCAGCAGCAUCGCGAGAUGCAGUCUCGAUGAACAAGAAUCCAUCAACAUCUCCAACUCCCCGCAGGUACCUGGAAUGCUGUGCAUGCUCAAGUGAUUGCCCUUGUCCAGGAGGACUCGCGGAACAGCCGUGCAAGCUCAGUCGUUUCCAACUCGUCGAGGAGUUAGAGCAGGAGCCAUCAAAUCAUGAAUGAAUUACGAGAUCCUGCGAUGUCAGUGCAUCCAUCGGAUCUCAACUUGC